CCUCUUCACACUCAAUCCCCCCGCACUUAACCCUUUUUAAAUCAGCUUUUUUUCCGCAUUUAAUUUUUUUCUCUUUCUCUUUUUUCGACGCAUCACUUUUUUUCCCCCUUCCUCUCUCUCUCCCCUUCUUCCCCCACACACACACACACCUUCCUCGCCGCGCCUGCAUGCGGGGCGGGCCAUGAGCUCGUACUUCGUCAAUCCGCUCUUCUCCAAGUACAAAGGCGGCGACGCGCUGGAGCCCGCGUACUACGACUGCCGCUUCCCGCAGGGCCGCGGCCACGCCGUGCUCUACGGGCCGGGCUCGGCCGCUCCCUCCUUCCAGCACCCCUCGCACCACGUCCAGGACUUCUUCCACGCCGGCUCCGCGGGCGCGCUCCCGCCGGCCUCGGGCUACCAGCAGAACGCGCCCUGCGCGCUCCCGUGCCACGGGGACGCCUCCAAGUUCUACGGGUACGAGGCGCUGCCGCGGCCCGCGCUGUUCCCGCAGCAGGACGCGCCCGCGGGGCCCUACGGGGACUGCAAGAACAACGGAGCGGCCGAGGGGCAGCAGGGGGGGCCCCUGGGGCAGGGCGCGUCCCCCCCCGGCCUCAUGUUCCCCUGGAUGAGACCGCACGCCCCGGGCCGGCGCAGCGGGCGCCAGACCUACAGCCGCUACCAGACGCUGGAGCUGGAGAAGGAAUUUUUAUUUAACCCGUACCUGACGCGCAAGAGGCGCAUCGAGGUCUCGCACGCGCUGGGGCUCAGCGAGCGCCAGGUGAAAAUUUGGUUCCAGAACCGGCGCAUGAAGUGGAAAAAGGAGAACAACAAGGACAAACUGCCCGGGGCAGGGCGCGACGAGGAGAAAAACGACGAGGAAGGCAACGAGGAGGAGGAGAAGGAGGAGGAGGAGAAGGAGGAGAGCAAGGACUGAGCCCGGCUCGCGUCGGAAUUUUUAUUUUUAUUUUUAUUUUU